AUGUCCGGAGGCAAGAAGGGCGAGAAGGUCCUCGGCCUCGGGGCCCGUCUCAAGUAUCCGAUUACCAUCACCAGGCUUUACAAGAAUCCCGGUGACUCGAUUCGGAGACAGGAGCCUAUUUUGCAGUAUUCUUUUGAGUAUACCAUGGAGCUUCCCAACGACCGGGAGACGCUCCAACUGCAGACCAAGACCCUGAAGAACAUUACCGACUGGAACGCCCCCGAGGACGGCAAGCUUCUGUCAUGGCAGGUUCGUGUUGGCGACGUCGUUUCGCGCGACCGUCCCUGCGCCACGGUGGAGGAGGCCUGCACCCACGAGAUCCAAUUCCAGGGUCUCUGCGCACUCUGUGGCAAGGACAUGAACGAGGUCAACUGGGCCAGCGAGCAGCGCGACACCGACCGUGCCCCCAUCAACAUGACCCACGACCAGACUAGCCUGACGGUCAGCCGGGUAGCAGCUACGCGUGCCGAAAAUGAGCUGCAGCAGCGCCUGUUGAGUCAGCGCAAGCUGAGUCUCGUCGUCGAUCUGGACCAGACCAUCAUCCACGCCUGCAUCGAUCCCACCAUCGGCGAGUGGCAGCAGGAUCCAUCCAAUCCCAACUACGAGGCCCUAAAGGACGUCCGCCGCUUCCAGCUGGAAGAGGGCUUCCAGGGCCUGGCCAGGGGCUGCUGGUACUACAUCAAGAUGCGGCCUCACCUCACCGAGUUUCUCGAGAAGAUCUCGACCAUGUAUGAGCUGCACGUGUACACCAUGGGCACGCGCACGUACGCAACCAACAUUGCGCAGAUUGUCGAUCCGAACCAGAAACUCUUUGGAAACCGCGUCAUCAGCCGCGACGAGAACGGCAAUAUCAUUGCUAAAUCGCUGCAGCGUCUGUUUCCUGUCAGCACCAACAUGGCUGUCAUCAUCGACGACCGCGCUGAUGUCUGGCCAUACAAUCGUCACAACCUCAUCAAGGUGAACCCUUACGACUUUUUUAAAGGAACCGGCGAUAUCAACUCCAGCUUUCUGCCUCAGCGCAGCGACAUUUCGGAUUCUGCUGCCGAUGGCGUUGAUGGCACUGCUGUCAUCGCGUCUACGGCAGUUGCUGCUAUAGAUGACGCUACAGUUCCAAGCGGCAGUGCGGCACCAUCUGACCCCGCUUCGGACACGGUCAUAUCUGAUGCUAAUCAGGCCAUCGCGUCUUCUGCCCCGUCCGCAGCAGCAGCAGCGGUUUCUGCAUCCGGUGUCGCUGAUGGUGCAGAUGGUAUUCGCAAGGCCCCCGAGAUCAAUGGUGUAGGCAAGAUGCUACUUGUGGAUGGCGAUGACGCUACCUCUGCGAUCUUCCAGAAGCAGGCCGAACAACAGGAACGCACCAUUGAACAACAGAUCAAAGACCGGCCCCUUCUACACAUGCAGGAGCAACUCGAUAAGGAGGACGAAGCUGCUGCUGCCGCGGCGGCUGCUGCGGUGACAGCGUCGCAGGUCGCCGAAGAAAAGGACAAGGCUUCCAAGUCUCGACCGCGGCACUGUGUGCUCUAUGACGACGAUAACGAACUCUUGCAUCUGGAGAAACAUCUGGAGCGGUUGCACCAUAGCUUUUACGAGGCAUACGACUCCAAGCGGAGCUUGUCAACCCAAAACAGCAGUCGGUCCGCACUCCAUAACGGAAAUGAGGACUCCAGCAUCGCAGCAGUGCCUGAUGUUGGCAAGGUUUUGGAUGGACUCAAGGACAGGGUGUUGCACGGCGCCACGAUCGUCUUGUCAGGUCUCGUGCCUCUUGGUCUUGAGGUGGAGCGGUCUGAACUGGGCCUACAGAGCAUGAGCUUUGGCGCCCGACUUCAGAAGCAGAUUUCUAGGAAAGUGACGCACCUAGUUAUUAGCAGCGACCGGCCGCGGACACAAAAGGUGCGCCAAGCUGCGCGGAUACCGAGCAUCAAGAUCGUCAACCAGCACUGGCUUGCCGACUCGUUCAGCCAGUGGGCCUGGGUAGAUGAAACGCCAUACCUGGUAAAUGUGCACCCGGCAGAUCGAGACCGAGCCGGCGCAGCAGGCCCGCUAAGCGAGGCAACAGACUCUGAGACGCUGUCCGACCAAGAGAGCGAACGAGGGAAUGGCAACCGAAAGCCCAGGAUUGUGAUUGCGAAGCUGGGUGGGGAUGGCAGUGCAGGUGACGGUGGUGGUAGAGAAGAUGACGGACCAGAUGACGAAGACGAUGAGGACGACAACAGUCCGAUUGCCGAGCUGGGGCAGUUUGACUGGGGCUCUGCGGACGACGAGCUCGAGAUGUUCCUUGCCGAAGCGGACGACGAUGACGGCGAGGGCGAAAACCGGAAUGAUUACGGAGAAUAUGACAGCAACAACGACAGCGAAGAUGGAGAUGAGAACGGCGACGAAGGAAGAGGCUAUGACAGCGUCCCGUCUUUGUCGAAGCGAAAGAUGAGCGAGGAGCCCGACGGUGAAAUUGAGAGGUCAGUAUCGCGUGGUCGCACUUUGGCAGCCAAGCGGCAGAGACUCGGCGGCGUCCGGAGCCGCAGCACAUCAAAGCUGCGGGCAGUGGCCACGCCUGCUUCGGAGGCAAGCAACGGCCAUCCGCUGCGACAGCUUGAAACACAGACAUCAGGGGAGAACAACAGCCAUGAGAGCAUGGCGAAGACGGCAACGGCACUCGUUGUCGGAAAGCCAGGCGCAACGCCAGCCCGCAUGGAUGUCGAUGAGGACGAUCUUGAGGCCAUGCUGAUGGCCGAACUGGACGAGGAAGAGGCAGCCGCAGCUGCAGAAGCGAAUGGAUAG